GCGCAUUCCGCCCAAAUUUCCCAACUCUAGGAAUUUGUUGUGAAGAGGAAAAUAAUUGCUACUAUUGCAUGCUCCCGAUGCUGGUGCACCAUGUCGCGACGGAAGCAGGCGAAGCCCCAGCACAUCAACUCCGAGGAGCAGCCCCCAGAUGCUGCAAGUGGGAGUCCACAAGACGUCCCAGGUGAUAGAGAUGGUGAAAUGAGUUCCAAAAGGUGCCGCACGGAGGAAACCAAAAUCUGUGAGAAAUGCUGUGCAGAAUUCUUUGUUCUCUCUGAAUUCCUUGAGCAUAAGAAAAAUUGCACUAAAAAUCCGCCUGUUCUAAUCAUGAAUGACAGUGAGGGAGCAGUCCCCCCUGAGAGCUUCUCCGAGGCUCCUCUGGGGACCUUCCCGAGCGACCGAAUGGAUGGCAGGACACGCAAGGACGCUCAGGCCAAGGGCUGCACCGGCUCUGUGGACAAGAGAGAAGGAAAAAUGGAUGCUGAGCCGGUGGGAGGAAUGUACCUUAAAAUAGAACCCCCCCUGACGCCUGCAGCUCCCGGCCUGAGCUAUCUACCAAAACCCAAAGUACCAAACACUAACGUGACUUUGCAGACCAUCCGUGGCACUAAGGUGGCCGUGAACCAGCGGACGUCCGAGGCCAUCUCCUCCUCGGCAGCUGGGUUCAACGCCAUCCCCAUGAUCCUGGAGCAGCUGGUGUGCCUGCAGCAGCAGCAGCUGCAGCAGAUCCAGCUGACGGAGCAGAUCCGCAUCCAGAUCGCCAUGAUGGCCCCCCACGCCCUGCACCCCUCCAUUGCAGCUGCUACCGACCCGCUCAAAGCUCUGGGUGCCCACAUGUCCCAGCAGCUCUCGGCUGCCGUGGCUUUAAUCGGACAGAAAGCUGGAAGCCAGAGCCUAUCACUGGAAUCCUUGAAGCAAGGAAAACUACCUCAUUCUAACACUGGCAUUGCAGCCGCCAGCUCGCUGGCUGCUGGGCUCUCCUCCUCCUUCCCCCUGAAGCCAGAGGGGAGCCGAGGCCUCCCCGGCUCCAUCUCUCAGUUCCCAAAUCCUUUGCUACCUCAGUCCUCCAGCUCGGUCAUCUUCCAGAACCCGCUGUCGGCCGUCUCGUCCGUGAUGGAUUCCUCAAAGAAGGGCAAGGGGAAGCCGCCCAACAUCAGCGUGUCUGAAAGCAAACCGAACGCAGAGGAGCCGUUCUUCAAACACAAGUGUAAAUUCUGUGGGAAGGUCUUUGGCAACGACAGUGCCCUGCAGAUCCACCUCCGCUCCCACACCGGGGAAAGGCCCUAUAAGUGUAACAUCUGUGGGAACCGCUUCACGACCAAAGGAAACCUCAAAGUGCAUUUUCAGCGCCACAAAGACAAGUACCCCCACAUAAAGAUGAAUCCUUACCCAGUUCCUGAGCACCUGGACAAUGUUCCUACCAGCACUGGAAUCCCGUACGGGAUGUCUGUGCCACUGGAUGAGUCCAACCUGAUUGUGGACAGCAAACCUCUCCUGACAACAAUGCCUACCUCUGCGGCCGCAGGCGCACCUCAGACCAUCUCCAGCCUGGCAGGCAUCAAGGACGCUCUGCCUGGUACCUUCUCAAGUGAGCUGCAGUCCAGGCCCUCUCCCGAAAGCGAGGGUGGCUCCUCCUCGUCGGGGGCGGUCGGUCACGAGUCGGGGACGGAGCAGAGCUUGAGCUCACCACAAGCUGCCUGCAGCGUGAGCAUCUUCCACGUAGGUGGGUCAAACGAGCAAGGCUCAGAGACAUCAAAGCUCCAGCAGCUGGUUGAAAAUAUCGACAAAUCCACUUCUGACCCCAACGAGUGCCUGAUCUGUCACAGGGUGCUGAGCUGCCAGAGCUCGCUGAAAAUGCAUUACCGCACCCACACCGGGGAGAGGCCGUUCAAGUGUAAGAUCUGUGGCCGUGCCUUCUCCACUAAAGGGAACCUUAAAACCCACUACGGCGUCCACAGGGCCAACACCCCCUUGAAGAUGCAGCAUUCUUGUCCGAUUUGCCAGAAGAAGUUUACAAACGCCGUGGUGCUGCAGCAGCACAUCCGCAUGCACAUGGGCGGGCAGAUCCCCAACACCCCGAUGCCAGAACCCCCCUGCGACAGCGCCGAGGUGGAGCCUGCCGUGCCCGAGAAGAACGGAGACAUCGGUCGCCCAGAGGAGAUCGUGGAAAGCAUAGACAUGGAAGAUGACGUGGACUCUCAGGACGGCCCCAGGAGCUCCUCCAAACCUCCUACUCCGUAUGAUGCACAAUCAGAGUCGCCCGCCGCGGCCGCCGCCUUCUCCGGGGCUGCAGCGCUGGAGAGUCAGAUGAAGAUCGCCGCCUCCUCGCUGGGCUUGCAGCGGCAGAGCAGCCUGAAGUCCAGCGACAACGGCUCGGCAGAAAGCGACGGCAUGACCAACGACUCGUCCUCGGUGGCGGGCGAUGCCGACUACCAGAACGGCAGGAGCCCCGCCGCCUCCGAGGCCGCGUCGCUGCAGGCGCUGUCCCCGGCCAACAGCCAGGCUGAGAGCGUCCGCUCCAAGUCACCUGCCUUCAACAACCAGGAGGAUUCGGGCACGGGGAGCAAGUCAGAGGGUCCUGAGAGCGCUCCUGCGGAAGUGGAAGGGGUUGUUGGCGCUUUGGAUUUAACGUACGGCAAUAUCGGUCGGAAGGUCAUUAAGGAAGAGCCUGGGCUACACUUUGCAAAUGGAGAAUAUGGUCGAAGCAGUAUUCCAGCUGCUUUUGUCAGAGCCCCACCAGCCCUGAUAAAAAUGGAGCUGCCCAGCGAUCGUCCCCUCAGCACUGGCCACUUCAUUGGCCCUCCAGCCCUGUCCCCGGGGGUCGCCCCUCUGCUGGUGCCGCGCCCCAAGUUCUGCCGUCCUGCCAAACAGCACAUCUGCACUACCUGCGGGAAGAACUUCUCCUCUGCCAGCGCCCUGCAGAUCCACGAGCGCACCCACACCGGGGAGAAGCCCUUUGCCUGCACCAUCUGUGGGAGAGCCUUCACCACCAAAGGGAACCUCAAGGUCCACGUAGGAACCCACAUGUGGAACAACUCGGCCAGGCGGGGCAGGCGGCUGUCCAUCGAUAACCCCAUGGCCCUGCUGGGCAGCGACCCCAAGAAGGUGUCGGAGAUGUUCCCCAAGGAGAUGGUGGCGCCCUCGGUGAGCAUCGACCCCGCCGUGUGGAACCAGUACGCGGCCGUGCUCAGCAACGGGCUGGCCGUGAAGGCCAACGAGAUCUCGGUGAUCCAGAGCGGGGCCCUGCCCGCCCUGCCCGUGCCCAUGGCCGGGGGCUCCCCGGUGAACUCUGCCCCGGCCUCCAAGGCGGACUCGGCCCAGGCUGGCGCCGCCGCCGAGGCGGAGAAGGCGGGCGCUGCCGCCGCAGACAGCGUGCCAAAACACCAGUUCCCCCUCUUCCUGGAGGAGAACAAAAUCGCCGUCAGCUAAAGACUCGGCAGGAGUUGACCUACAGAAAGAACAAAUAUAUAUAGACACAAACGUAUAUUUUUAAGAGAUUCCACUUCGGCCUCCUAUUUUCCUAUUGACGUGCAAAUGAUUUUAUGGUUGUCUUUGUAAGAGUUGCCCAGAGUACAAUCAUGAUAUUGCUUUGCAAAUAGUAAUUAAGAAAGAAUAGGAUUUCCUUCUAUUUGGAAAGAUGCGGGUCUUGCAAAGUAGUUCUUACGUGUGACUUUAAUGUGUACAAGCCUUACAGAAGUUUCUACAACUUGAAAUUCCAAAGGUUAGAAUAUUUACCUCUUUGUUUAGAGUGAUAAUGGGGGUUUUGAAUAGAGUGGAAACAACCUACUGUUGAUGGAAAAGCUUCUAUUUACUGAUGAGAAAUGGAAACUAUUGAUGCGGGUAAAUAUCCUAGAAUGUCUGCCACCCUCUUAGAAUUUUUCUGUUUGGAUUUUUGGCUCUGUGUGGUUUCUGAAUGUACUUUUUCUUAAUAAUUGCUAUAAAAACUGCAAAGUUUUUUUUUUUUUAAAUUCCUUUGGUUUUUUGCCUCAGAAGUUCUAUGAAAAGCAAGUUGCUGUUUUUCUUUAGUCACUGCUCCUAAGUAAUUAAUUCUUUGUGUUGUUGACUGCUGCUUAUUUAAUACUACUACUAGGACAGUCCUUCAAGUAUAGUGCCAAAAUUCCUGCUUCCAAAGAUGUGCAGUUUUUCCUAGAUGUUUUAUUUCAAUACCAAGAGCCCCAAACA